GAAGUACUCUCGUUUGUUCCUGACUACCGCUUGCAAGGAGAGACUGCGCCUUUUACAAUCUGCGAUGAAAGAAGUGAGCGACAAGUCUGUGGGGUCAUGAGCGAUGUCGUCGACCGGCUGUUGCAUUGGUCAUUGCCAGCCAUCCGGUCAGAGUUCGGGGACGGUGUGGCGUCGAGGAUCGAGAGAACACUACAGGCCGGCAGUCGUGCAGAUGUGUUUCGUCUCGGAGCAGGAGGGGAUGAUUCGACAGCAGACGCUGAGGAUGAUGGCGACCGUGAGGGUGAAGGGAGCGGUGGAGGCAAUGGCGGGUCGUUUUGUGGGUCGGAUGAUUCACUACCGUGUUCAGGGCACGGGUCACAGCGUGGCCGCAGAUCGAGCGGGCGGCUACCAAGUCGUGGCAGGUCGCGUUCGCGUUUCGAACAUGUACGUCCUUUGUGCUGGGACGAUUCGAAGGAUGGUGCUUUGCAAAGCGGACCUUGCAAUAAUCGGUCUAAACAUGUGUUGAAAUCGAUGGGGCACUGGGGAGGCUCGAAAGCGCCUGAUGUCGUCUUCGUGGAGCCGGUGAAGCUGCUGCAGUUGCUCGGGUUGUUCGAUUUGAGUUGCCCACGCCACGGGGGUGGUUGUGCUGUGGAUGUGUCCUCUAUCGGUUAUCCUGGGCAGAUUUGUCGCAUUUCGCUCGCUUGUAAGAAAUCAUGUCGUUGGACAUGGCACAGUGCUCUGGUUGGGGGAGUUGUGUACUCUUGCAGACUUCAGCAGCAGUUGUUCCAUGCGACCGUCACUGCGGGUAUGACAUAUACCGUCCUCAACGACUUCUGCAUCGCGUUUGGGGUGGCACCUGUGCACAAGCCCACUUCUUACAGUUGCAUGCGCGGUGAGCCGAAUGUGCGUGAGGGUUGGAAUGCAAAGGUUGUCAGGCAGAGCGUGCGGUAUUGCGACUUGGCCAUUGACACGGUUAUGCGAUCAGUGAGACCCGUCACUUUGAUGGUUGACGGUCGCUAUGACUCGGCCAGGUCUGCGCAGCAUUGCACUAUUACCGCGAUUGAGUGUGAUACUCGUCUUGUGGUGGGUGUUCACACUCGUCGGCCAAAAAAUGAGGGAAAGGGGUCGAACCAACUUGAGGUUCCUGCUGUUGUGCGCCUGUUGAGAGGCUUGCUAUCGAGGGGGUUGAAGAUCCGGUGUGUUGUCUCCGACGAUUGUGCUGCAUUGGGUCCACAGUUGGAGCGCCUGGGUAUUGAAUGGCAGAAGGAUUGCCAUCAUAAGGUAAAAAACAUUCGCAAGGCACUUAGAAAAAUCGUGACACUGAAGGUGCCAAAGAAAUUGAACAACCCUCAUCAGUGCGUGUCUGAAUCUCAGUUUAUGCAGUUCACGAAAAAGGAGCUGUUGGAUGCCUUGACGGACCGUUUUGCACCAGGGUCUUUGACGGCAAAAGAAGAACGAUUGAAGAAGAGCGACUUCGUUGCUCUUGUGAUGAGCAAAAUGUACCCGUACGGCACGAUGAAAAACAACAAAUCCUUGGUCGUGGAUGCAAAUGGUGUGACUGAGUUCCAUAUGCAUGAGGUGGGGCAUUGGUUUCUUCGUGCUUCCCAGCUUUGCAGAGAUGAGGGCGGCGACUUUGUCACUCUGCACAAUGAUGUCAUGAUGAUCGCCGACCAUUGGGCCGGGGACCACUCCAGCACGACCGUUUGUUCGUACUACACGAAGUUCCGUCACACGUCGACGGUUGAGACCUUCCAGGGCACAAUCAUCAUUUACGCGAAGAAGGCCUUGCACUUCGAGAAGUCGUAUGAGCCGCGUUUGGCGAUUGCAGUCAUUCGAUGGAACAGUCAUGCAUGGCAGGAUCCCUUGGAGUAUCGUGUCCGCAGGCCUUCUGGGACUUCGAUUCGUUCAAGGCCGAGCCACUACCGUCACAAUCGGCCACCUACCGAUUCGUGGAUGGAUCGGUUGUCCACGUUCAUCUUCGGUUCAAAAUGUGUUUCAGAUUGGGCUCGACGCCUUCUCGAGUACGACGACUGUGAUGUGCCGGGCGAGGUCGGGUCCUCGACACCUCCUCUGCCUCGCGAUCUUUUUUGCAGAGGCGAGGAUACCAUUGCCCGUGACGAGGACGACAUUGCUUCAGUCUUGUGCACAGACGCUACAGAAGAUGAGGAUGACAACGAGGAGGAUAAGACCAUAAAGUACGUAAGGAAGCUGGAGGCUGAGGUGCGCAAGUACAAGACAUACCUGCUGGAGGAACACAAGAGAAGCAGAAACUUGAGAGUCGCGCUGGAGUCAAAGCAACGAGUUAUCGAUAAGUAUACAGAAGCAGAGCAAAACCGUGAGGCAAAGCUCAUCAACCGGUUACUUAGGAGUGCAAAUUAACGGCAUGGAAUGUGACAGAUAGAAAGAAUCAUGCACAUCCAUGCGCAUAACCAUUCGAGCGAGCAAGCGAGCGAGAGAGAGAGAGAUUGAGAUCGAGAUCGAGAUCGAGAUCGAGCGAGCGAGCGAGCGAGAGAGAGAGAGAGAGAGAGAGAGAGAGAGAGAGAGAAGAUCCUCUAUUCAAAACACUCGAGUCUUUGCUUGUGGUUGUUGUCUAGAGCACUGUGACUGCGACUAUGAUUUCAUUCCAGUCCAUUCCAAUCUAAUCCAAGGCCUCACUCUACCACUCACCACAUGCACAAAAGACAGAAAUUAUGGCGGUGUAUAUUUCCAUGUUCUAGAGGAAGAUUCAUUCUCAUUUCGCAGGCUACACGGUUAUUUGUUACUACUGGUCUUGAUGUUAGGUUGUUCAGUAUGCACACUGCUGUUAUUACUGCUUGUUCUGUUGGAUGAUGCAUCUUUCCAUGUUCUAGCGGAAGAUUCAUUCUCAAUUCGCAGGCUGUAAUCGUUGUUCGUUGUAUGCGGACCAAUGCCCCCAAUCCAAUCCAAUCCAAUCUGAUCCAAUCUGCAUCGCAUCCCAAGUUAUCCAACAAAAUAUGAUGUGAUCU